CUCAGAUUCUACUUUUAAUCCCCCGCUGUUUUAUGGGAUGCCUGAAUACUAUGGCGAAAAUUAAUUCUUUUAUUUUCAAUGUGCUCUCAAGCUAAGAGCAGUUAUGUUGUUUACACGCUGACAGCUAGUGAGAGUAACGUUUGCAAAAUGGCGGACACUGAACUAAAUCUACGUUAUCUCUACUUCACUUUCGGAUCACUGGUAGCAUUCGCCUUAAUGCUAUACUGGUGUGGAACAUAUCGGUUUUCUGUACUCAAAACUCUUGGUAUACCUGGACCUAAACCAUGGCCAUUCUUGGGAAAUAUUCUCGAAGUGCACAAGUUUGGUGGUCUACACGCCAUGUUGUUGGAGAACAUGAAGCGCUACGGGAAGAUCUUCGCGGUGUGUUUGGGUCGAUUGCCCACAAUUGUCAUCACUGAGCCAGAGGUCUUAAAGACUAUUUUAGUGAAGGAAUUUGCUAGUUUUAGGAAUCGAUCGGAUGAGGUUAAACCUCCUCGUCCUCUUAACUGCGGCCUUUUAGCAGCCAGGGACAAUCAGUGGAAGCGAAUUCGCAGCAUUUUGUCUCCGUCGUACACAACUGGUAAAAUGAAACAGAUGAUCCCACUUAUGGACGAUGCAGUGAAUGUACUGAUGAAGAAAUUAGAUGAAGUUGCUGACGCAGAAAAAAGUGUGGAAGUAGUGGAGUUGUUCGGCAAGUUGACCCUUGAUGUCAUCUUGUUAACUGCUUUUGGAAUCAAAACUGACAUUCAGACAGAUCCACAGAGCUCAGUCACUAAAGAAGCACAAAAGUUAUUCCGUAGGCUGUGGUUAACGCCUUAUCUUUCGAUAUUCCCUUGUAGUUCUUUACUUAGGCGAACAAUAGCGUUCUUUCGGCAAGGUUUAACGUUCUUCCUGGGCGCCGCAACAGAGAUUUUCGAAGAAAGGAAAAAAUGUACUACUGAGGGGCGAAAUGAUCUGAUACAGCUCCUGUUAACCGCUCACGAUGAACCUGCUGCUCAAGGAGCCAGUAAACUGACCGAUGACGAGGUGAUCGCUCAGUUGAUCACGUUUCUAUUGACGGGUUACCAACCUUCCAGCAGUACACUGGCAUUCACUGCUUAUCACCUCGCUAUGGAUUCUGAUGUGCAAGAAAGACUAAGGUGUGAGGUGGAGAUUGCCAUUCAAACCUACCACGACUUGCCUUUGUACGAUAUCGUCCACGAAAUUGAGUAUCUCGAUUGUGUUAUGAACGAAUCUAUGCGGCGUUGUCCACCCUUCCACAUAUUUAAUCGGAAAUGCGAAGAAACAUGCACAAUAAGCCCAGGCUUCACGAUACCCGCCGGAAUGGAAGUUACUGUACCGGUGUACGCGCUCCACCACGAUCCCGAGGCGUGGCCUGAUCCCGACGUUUAUGACCCGGAGAGGUUCCGGGGACCCGCCAAGGAAGCGCGACAUCCGUUCCAGUUCCUCCCGUUUGGUGCCGGUCCAAGGAACUGUAUUGGAAUGAAAUAUGCCAUGAUGGAAAUAAAGGUCGCCUUGGUCAGGAUUUUGAGGAAGUUUAAAUUUGUACGAGCUCCUGAUACACAAGAACCAUUAAUUUUACAUUCGGGCGUUACCCUUGGCCCGCGGGACGGGAUACAUUUACGGGUGAAGCGAGUUAAAAGUCUAAUUUGAAAACAGGUCGAAGGAAUGGAAAAAAUUAACACGGAUCGCAAAAGAUCUGAACUUUAACUCUUUUAUUCCCAGCACUGAUUGACAUAAAAAUAUCCAUACACUACAGCGAACAGGUAUUGAUAAUACAUAUAUCUUAGUAGACGUUUUGUUGUGUAGUAUCACUGAGUAUUUUUACGAGUUGUACCGUAUUUUUACGAGCGCGAAGGGCGAGUCAAAAUACAAGUAACGAGUCUAAUAAGUUAUUUAUUAUCCAACACGCCAAAUUGUUAUUUCAG